GUGGUCGGUGAUGGGUUUAGUGAGACGUACGGCUAUGUCAUCCACCGUGAAUAAAUCUUCUCCGGUUAGGUCUUUGCUUGGUGGGUUUAGGUGUUUCAACGUUGAAGAUGAGAAAAAAGAUAUGACUGUUAUGGAAGCUAAGAAGUUAAUGAGAUUAGUCAAUGUUGAAGAUAUGAAGAAGAAGCUUAUUGGUAUGAGUGAUAAAGAAAUGGUUUCUUAUAGUGCACUUAUUGAAUCAUCUCAAGGUUUAGGUAUCGCUAAAUCUCUUGAUGAAGCUCAUGCUUUUGCUCGUGUUCUUGAUGAUGCUGGUGUUAUUUUGAUUUUUCGUGAUAAAGUCUAUCUUCAUCCUCAUAAGGUGGUGGAUUUGAUAAGAAAGGCAGUGCCUUUAGGUUUGAAUCCAGAGGAUGAUUUGAUUAGAGAAGAGUUUGAUAAGAUGAGAAGUAUGAAGGAAGAGAUUGAUGUGUUAGCUCAUCAACAAGUGAGGAAGAUUCUAUGGUGUGGUCUUGGUUAUUCAGUGGUUCAGAUUGGUAUCUUUGUUAGGUUAACGUUUUGGGAGUUUUCUUGGGAUGUGAUGGAACCAAUAACGUUUUUCACUACAGCUACUGGGAUUAUUGUGGGUUAUGCUUAUUUCUUGAUGACUUCUAGAGACCCAACGUAUCAAGAUUUCAUGAAAAGGUUGUUUCUUUCUAGGCAGAGGAAGUUGCUUAAGAGUCAUAAGUUUGAUGUUGAGAGGUUUAAGGAACUUGAGAAUAAGUGGAAGAUAAUGUCUUGCUCUUCUUCUUCGUGCCACGCAAAUGCAUCGAUUCGGAAUCGUGUUGGUGUUGAUCUUGAUUUGGAGGAUUCUUUGCAGAGUCGUCAUAGAGAUUGAUUGGUUUUUUAUGAUCCAACAUCAGUUUCUGGUUCUUCUAACCAUUCUCGUUUUGAUAAUAUACUUAACCAGAUUUUCUUCUCUUUGAGAUUCUUAUUUGAUAAUCUUGAGCUACUGUUAUCUUAAUCAGCUCAUGUUUUAAUCUUUUUCUAUGGUUAAGGAUUUUGAUGGAUUAUAACUAUGUUUUAAUUGUUUAGACUGUGGUAGUAACUAUGAUUUUGGACUAUUGGAUUUAUCUUUUUUCUCUUCAGUAUUUGUUUCAAGGGUUUAAGCCUUUGAGGGUAAAGUGGUACCAAGAAAACGAAAGUGGAUAA